AUGCUCUCAAUCAUCACAAAGCACCUGGGCGUAGGUUCUGUUCGAUAUAUCCUAGGAAUUCUUUUCCUUUUGAGCAUCCGAGCAUUUCCCUUCGCAUGGCACGGACGCGUCCUUUGGCCCUACUUUGCAUUUCACAUCCAAUACCGGUUUCAUGGACUCAAUCUUAUCCGUAAAUCCACGUCGGCGAAGCAGGCAGCGACUCAGGCAUGGUGGGACUCGCACUCGCCCAUCGGAAAGAACCCGUUUGAUUUGGUCUUGAAGUAUACGGACUGGUCGAGUCCCGAUGUUUGUGACUACAACUUGCACUUGAGUAAAACUCGUGUUAUGCAAAGGUACGCCGAACACUGCUCGCUGAACGUGUUUAACCGCAAAACGGAUAUGUGUUUCGUGUCGACGGCGUUCUGCCCGUGGGAGCAACAUCAUUUCUACUUAUCAGAGAGAUACCCAUACUCCAGCGAUUCGAAGUCCGUUGUAGUGUCUGACAUGGGGGGAGAAGUGGCUGUAUCUGGUCGCAAAGGACUCCAUACGACAGUGACGCUGGCCUUCUGCGAGAAGUUUCCGAUAAACUCUCCGAAGAACCUGACGGAGCCGUUAGUCCAUUGUGUUUCGAUUAGCCAGGUCUGCUUCAAGAUUGGACGCAUCACUGUACCUCCAGCUCUGGUACUGGCUUUGAGUGGAUGUUCUGACGGCAACUAUACUCUUGCAAAUCCCCCAUCCGGGUACCUAGCGGCGCAGAGAGCAGUUGCAGAAGGGACAGUUAAGGAUCUUUUGAAGGGCCACUGGAAAGACGUCCCAAAGAGCGAGCGAUGGUGGGAAGAGUCCCUUGGUGGAAAUAUUGAGAAGAUUAGAGCGGAGCGAUUGGCAGUCAUGGACGAUAUCCGGUUAGGAAUGCAGAAGGCGAAGGCGUAUUGAUGAGACGUUGAACUUGCAUGUAUGCUGAGAUUUCUCUGAUGAACUUACGGUAACCUUAAAACGCCUGGUCAGCCACAUUCCUAGCUGAUUGCCAGUAAUAGGCAAGCUCAGGUCCCGCUUCGCAUACUGGCGCCUAUGUGACUGCAAAAAAAUGAAUACCUUCGCAUUCGUCAGUUUGAUUACACCAUUCGGAGACUAACACGGUUCCA